AUGGCCACCGCCGCCUUGGUCAGCGCGACUAUCACGGCGCCUCCAUCACUAUGCACGACAACGCUCUUACCCGUCAAUGGAGUCAAGACUUUGGGGCUCGACGGUGUCCCCUCGAUACUGACGGAACCCGCGAUUUACCAAAUACCUUGCCCGACGCACGACAUAUUCCCCCGAGCCGAAGUCCAUGUUACAUAUGCUGCCUCCGGCGAUGACAGCAGCCUCACUCAACACGAUGCAUCAGACAGCAGCCCGAAAUUCUCCGAUUUCCGCGAUCCCUUCUACGCCUCCACCUUUCCGAUCUGUUACGCCCUCGCUGCGACCACCGUUACCGCCUAUAUGCUCGUCAUUAUGCUCUUCGUCACCCCUAGAUCUUUUCUCGACGGAGGAAUUGUUUACUUGGGCAGAAAAUCCGCUUUCACCCAUAGCUCAAACAACAGUGUCACCAUUGGUGGUCGACCAUGGCUACAAAAAGUCGCCGCUUUAACCGUCGCCAUCUCACUAACUAUCGCGUCAGCCGACACCUUCAGAGUAGCUAAAAGCCAGUACCUGUGGGGGAUCCAGAAUGCGAAUCAACUACAGGAUGAGGUGAUGAACAGCGUGGAACUCAAGGUUAUCCGACUCGUCUCUGAUACGUUCUUAUGGCUGGCCCAGGCCCAGACUCUCAUCCGACUCUUUCCCCGGCACAGAGAAAAGAUAAUCAUCAAAUGGGUUGCGUUCGCACUCAUCACUCUUGAUGUUGUCUUCAGUGCCGUGACCAGUUUCAAAUACUCGGAAAACGGCAUCAAUACUACCGCACGACCUAAGAACUUCGUUCACCCUGUUCCCGCUCUCAGUUACCUGUUCCAGCUUUCUCUGGGCUUGCUAUAUGCUGCCUGGGUCGUCUACUUUGCGUUAAUGAAGAAGCGUUACUCUUUCUAUCACCCUUUUAUGAAGAACAUUAGUUUUGUCGCCAUCAUUUCCCUCAUUUCGAUUCUCAUACCUGUUGUCUUCUUCAUUCUGGAUAUUUCCCAGCCCGAUUUUACUGGAUGGGGCGAUUACGUGCGAUGGGUUGGUGCUGCAGCUGCCAGUGUUGUUGUGUGGGAAUGGGUGGAAAGAAUUGAGGCUCUUGAACGCGAGGAGAAGAAGGAUGGUAUUCUUGGCCGAGAGGUUUUCGACGGCGACGAUACGCUCGAAAUCAACGCAUCCGAGUUCCCCUGGCUUCGCAAUCGUAAGAGCAGAAAGGGCGGCAGUUCGGGGGGCGGUAGUGAGGGUGAUCGGUCGCAGAUGUCUACGACUGCAGCUAAUGGUUGGCCGACUGUUUCUUCUCUUGCCAACAGAUACCGCGGCCAAGGAAAUGGUGCGUUUGCCGAACCAUUUGAGCAGCCUUCACAAAGGGGCACAGGAAGAGGCUUGCGACCUACAAUUUGGCCAGCUCGGCCGGCACCUGCUGCUACACCUAUUAGCCGUACAGACACGGCCAGCGCGGCGAGUACAGUUUAUGCUGUACGUUACCAGGCCCCUUCAGAGACGACUUCACGAACUCCCGAUCCUCUGCCACAACCGAGUGUGGUCGAUCUGAGUCGAUUAAGCAGCACACCUCCAAGCCAACAAUUGAACGAUGAAUCCAGCUCUUCCAAUCACGCCCCGGCUUCCGUGCAGCACGGUGUUGUUGUGCCGCCGGCUUCACGACAAUCUGUAGAUUUGGAAGCUAACUCACCAAAUUCGCCAAGUCGAGGCGGUUGGCGUAAUCUUACUUUCUCCAACUCGACACUUAACCAUACAACCGAGGAUACGCCUAUGGAGACAGUCCAACGUUCAGACGGCAACUCGGUAGUCACGCGUGAAGGACGCGCAAAUAAUUCUAAUCGAUGGGAUCUAAGGGGUCGAUUGGAGGACUUCGCGGCAAACCAAGCCGAGAAACUACGAGAUCGCAUGCGAUCAGCACCGAAUACCGAGAGUCUUCCAGUAACGGUGAUUCCAGCCCCUCCCCGCAGAGGAGCAGCGCUGCAGCAGGUCCUGGAGGAAGAAGAACUCAACACUACGGAACGGCAAUCACCGCAGCUACAAAGUAGGCAGCCUUUUGCGAACCACAACAACAGCACGACCAGCCAGGGCAGCACGUCGAGAGCUGCGUCAGGGGAAGUGGCACAAUUGAACAGGAGUCGAAGCACGUUCUCGGGUAGCCCAGGCGAUGGACCUAUUCCGCCCAAUAACCCACCACUAUGGCGAGGUGUCCGGCCGAGAACGAACUAUGAGGACGAUUUCUAUGAUGACUCAGACGAUGGCUCGCUGUCAGAUAGGUCAUCGUUGGAUCACCCAAGACAAGACUCGGAUUCGCCGGGACUUCGUCGAGCGACUUGA